CUCAAGAUUGAUAUAAAGAUAGUAAAAGUGACUUGCAUUGGUUUGGAUUUGAAUGCAACUGAGUCAAGUGAGAGUCGAGUGUUGUCAAGGAAGAAGCGAUUCUUGAUAUUUCCUGAAGGAAGUUCCUUCCAAUUGGUAUUCUGCCUCACGUACCCAGCGAUCAUUAGGAUCAGUGAUAUCUUCAUUUGGGGCAACACAGCCGCGCUGGCGUUCGAGCUGCCCCAGGACCCGUACUCCCCCUUCAAUCACAAGGCUGACCCCCUCCACAGACGAGUGGAUUCCAAAGCUAUAUAUUACACCGAUGAAGCUGGCAAAAUUAUUCAUAAGCAACCCUAUAAACGGAAGCCGCUCGUAAAUCCCGCGUUUGCGAAACGCAGUGUGGACACGGACAGACGGCAGAUUCAUGCAUCAAGUACUAGAUUGGGACUCAGUGAAAACGUCGAGUUCCACAGGACCAGCCGCACUGCUUUGUAUGAGAAAAUCGAAGUAAUGUUACAGGGGUUGGGCGGCAACGGCAGGGAGUGUCUGCUGAAAACGCUAUGUAUGUACGGUCAGACGAACCAUUAUCCUCAGGGCGGCUUCCUGCAAGAAAUAUUACGGGCCGUGUUCACAUUACCUAAGAAUAAUGUUCAGGAUGCUUAUAACGAAGACUACGAUGUUGCGCACACAGCGUCGGGAUCUUGCGACGAAUUGUACCCGGACUGCGCGUCUCUAUCCACAGAUACUACAAGAACUGCUCAUUAUGCUGUUUUGUUAGCUUUGUUUGGCGUUGCAAUAAGUGAAAAUACAGAAUGCAGGGAUGAGGUCUGUGAAAAAUUGGAGGGCAACGCGACGCGAGUGCUGUCCAGAAGCAAAAGAUUUUUAGUGUUCCCAGACGGGAGUUCUCUACAAUUAGGUACGUGGUUACCUGCAUGCAACAAGAGUGUGAUAUCCGGUCAUGCCAUUUUAGUAUUCUGCCUGCAGACAGCAGCCUUGAUUCCCAUAGGGGAAAUAUUCUUAUACAGCAACACAGCUGCAUUAGCAUGGAACUUGCCAACAGAUCCAAAAACGCUGCUCAUGUUUAAGGAAUAUGAAAGGAAUGGCAUCAGACGAGCUGAUACUGAGAAGAAUGUUUACUAUUUGGAUAGUGAUGGGAGGAUCAUGGCGAAGGUCCCUUUUAGACGGCCGGCAAUCGUGAACCCUGCGUUUGCAAAGCGGAGUGUCAACGAAGCGUCCUUCAAAGACAGAUUAAAAGUCAAGAUAGAUCGGAUGAAAAUGCACGAGCGUCAGAAGGGGCAGAUGAGGCAGACGGGACAAGCGGAGCAGACGGGGCAGACGCGGCACUUUCCAAAGCUAUCAGACAGUAUAUCGUUCCAUAGAAAUAGUCGCGUCGACUUGUACCAGAAACUGGAGGCAUUAAUUACGACGUUGGGGGCGGACGGGCGACAGUGCGUGCUCCGAAAACUAUGCGAGUCGGCCAGACUCGCCGACCAAGGCACAUUCCUGCAAGAGGUUAUACGAGUUGUCUUUACAUUUCCAAAACACUCUGAUGCACCUACUGAAGAUCAUAAGAUCUACGAAGAAGCCCACGAUCCGACACACGACUGCGAAAAAAUGUAUCCUGGAUGUGAACAUUUUGACAAAACGAUGUAAUUCUAAAUAAAAAUAAAAAUGAAUAAAUAAUAA